AAACGAUCUCAUCGCCAGCCCUAAUUUUUUUUUUUCUUUUUGAUUCUCUCGAGUUCUUCAUAUCUGAACCAUGCCAAGUGUCUGGGGGAAGAGGACACACUUAUUGUGGAAAGCCGACGGAUGGCUCCCCGACAAGUAUGAGGAACCUGGUUUUACUUGUCUGUCUCUCGGUUUAUCUGUUUCAAGAAGGGGUUUUUCUAAUGAACAUAUUACAGUUUACGGUAACUCGGACAUAUUCUCGGAAGACUUGGAACAUGAGUAUUUCUUGCGUCCUGAAUGCGACUAUAUUUUAAGAUUUUCGAAAGAAGAGGCACAUCAAAUAAACUAUAUGAUGUUAGUGGAUGCUGUUUUAAUGGCUUCACACGAUGACGAUCACGUAUCCCCGUUGGUGAUCAUCACAAAAUUGGCACAAGACACAGAGAUGAUCUGUAGGGUGCUUGCUUCUUUGACAAGCAGAGGCUUCCCUGUUUUAUUUGCACUGCCUGAAGCACCACAAAGUAAUUUUGGAAUCACUGUAUCCUCCAAUGUGGUUCUUGGGCCUGAGAGAAUCCCAGUGUUGCUUUGUCCACACCUAUUUGACCUACUUGACCACCUAGAGCAUGAGGAAGAAGAUGAAGAUGUAAAGCAUAGCCAGAGAUAUUUUAUUGAGCUCCCACCUCCCGAUGCCCAUACCAAAAGUUUCUCCAUGCCUCAGGGUGUUGAAACAUGCGUCUUCUGGGAUGUCUCUGAUUACCCUCUCCCUCUCGGUCUACAACUCCCUGUGUUUUAUGAGAAUAUCUUUAUCAGCUGUUCGUGCUCUUGUUCCUUGUCCUUGUGGUGGUAUCUCAAUCUAUGCCUAUGUUGACAAUGACGAGUUUGACUAUGAAGAUGCCCGAGUCUUAAUCACCGUGGUACGCAAUUCUCCAGCCGACAAAUUUUCAAGAUUGGCUAAGAUGACAAUGGACUUUCUUUUGUGGUCAAUUGACAAUCCUGCUGAUCCUCACGGUACUCGAGGCCCUAAUUUGCUCUUAAUCUCGAAACUCUUGCAA